UGAACCAUCACGGCAAAGUUGAGUCUUCCCUACCAUCUGAAGGAAUCGCCAGGCUCUACUCAUCGCCACCUGGCAGGGCCUCAAGCUCCCCACCGUGGGCUAUACCCAGCGAGGUGGGGAGCAGAGACUGCGGUGGAAGGCUUUUGGGGACCCUGCAUUGGCACAGAGCAAGGUUGGGAUGCUGCCACCUGCCCAUCCCCAGACAAGGAAGAGGCCCCCUAAAGGGGUAAACCCAAAGGGAGGGGAGGAGGAGGGCCCCCCUGCUAAAAGGCGGAAAAAGGCUAGAAAGCCAAGGCCAGAGAAGGCCAGAAUGACCUCUCUCGGGCGCCGGGCAUCCUUUGUAACAAGGGUUGUGCGAGGCAUACGCUGCUAUAAACCCUCGGAGGUGCCCCAGCGCCCCCAGGCCAUAGCAGUGCCCACUCCAGCACCCGCACCAGCACCAUCAGCCCCUUGCCGGCCCAGGAAGAGGGCCCAUGAGGAGGUGACCCACAGGGACAAGAAGGAGCCUGGGCCUCCCAGGAAGAAACUCAAGAGGCCCAGAAAGAAGCGUCCGGAACUGGCGAAGGUGACGAGGCUGGGACGUCGGGCCUCGUUCGUAACCCAGUGCUGAGUCUUUGGGGUUUGCUGUUGGCACAACCAGAAUGGGUGCUCCUUCCUCAACCACGGUGACCUGUUGGAGUGAAAGUCUCUCUCCUGCUGCCUUGCUCAUGAGCAGUUGACCGUGUGUGGUCCAAGUUCGGUGUCAACAACUUCUUCCCAUGUGCUAGAAGCCCCAUUCCCUGAAGGGACAGAGAGUGGGCAGAGCUUGACAUAAGGAAGAUCUGGAUCCCCUUCAAGACCAGGAGUUCCAAGUCUGCCAUCACCGGAUGCCAAGUCCCACCUUCAUGAUACCCAGAAGCACCACCACCGUUCAUCAUUAAACACUCUUUGCCUGAA